GGGUGGCGGGCGCGCCGGGACCACCCCGCGAUGCUCCCGCCGCCGCCGCCGCCGUAGGGAGCGCCGGAGCCCGCUGCAGAGAGAGAAAUGAACACACUGGAGUAUGCUCUGUGCCUGUGAGCUUCCUGAUCCCCUCACGACUUUGGAAAGCCAAGAAGGAAGGCGUGGGAGUGCGUGGCCCUGAGAACAAGCUCUUUCCCCUUGGCCUUGGCCUCCCUGCUUCCCAGAGGCGCGAUGGAGACGCUGUCCCAGGAUUCCUUGCUGGAAUGUCAGAUCUGUUUCAAUUACUACAGCCCCCGGCGAAGGCCCAAGUUGCUGGACUGCAAACACACCUGCUGCUCGGUGUGCCUCCAGCAGAUGAGGACGAGCCAGAAGGACGUGAGGUGCCCCUGGUGCCGGGGCGUCACCAAGCUGCCCCCGGGCUUCUCCGUGUCGCAGCUCCCCGACGACCCCGAGGUCCUGGCGGUCAUCGCCAUCCCGCACGCGACCGAGCACACCCCAGUGUUCAUCAAACUUCCCAGCAAUGGGUGCUACAUGCUGCCCCUGCCCAUCUCCAAGGAGCGAGCGCUGCUGCCCGGAGACAUGGGCUGCCGCCUGCUGCCGGGGAGCCAGCAGAAGCCGGUCACCGUGGUGACCAUCCCCGCGGAACAGCAGCCUCUGCAGGGCGGGGCGCCCCAGGAGGCGGUGGAGGAGGAGCCCGACCGGCGGGGCGUGGCCAAAAGCUCCACCUGGUCCGGGGUGUGCACUGUGAUCCUGGUGGCCUGCGUCCUCGUCUUCCUGCUGGGCAUAGUGCUGCACAACAUGUCUUGCAUUUCCAAGCGCUUCACUGUGAUCUCCUGUGGCUGAACAGCGCGGCAGGGGAGUCUCUCGUGGGUGCCAACUCGGGGUUGAGCAGGUGUUGGUGAUGGGAUCGCAGCGAGAAGAUGGGGGGCGACGCUGAUCGUUUGGUGCCAGCGCUGGCCUCUGGGCUGCCACUUGAUUAACCGGAGACAGACGCGAAGGGCAGACGCGAGGUCUCAGCGAGAUACCGGGCAAAUCAUUGAGCGUUGGUGGCAACAGCUUCGAAGACGAUUGCAUGCAUCCCCAUAAUCAUUUAUUAAAUGGACUGUGAUUUAUGAUUUGUCAGAAUCCUGUUACAAGAUAGAUGUAUUCUACUUAGACGUUAAACUGUGCAAGUGCGUACAAUGUGAUCUUCUCUAAAUGUGGUAGUUUAAAACAAAGAUGCUUAUGUAUACAAAUAGAAUUAAACCUGAGAAUCCCCCUAAAAAUUCAGCGACGACUCUGCAGUGCUGGUUCCUUUCCCCUUUUUAAUGAAAUCCAGUCAUCAUUUAGUUGCUAAGGCUUUUUAUAUUUUUUGAAUGGCACUCGAAUUAAAAUAAGUGAAGUGGAUGGUCAUUUUUUUUUUUUUUGAAGAAAGUGUCCGAACAAGUGUUUCCAGUGUGUUGUUUUGUUCUGUACCUCCAUUUUUCUUCCCUUGUAAUUAGAGCUUGCUACGUGUUUAUUAAACUGAAAGCCCAACAGGAGAGCAAUAAACUGAGUAAUAAUGAGAAAUGCCUAAUCCCACAGGAACCCUAUAUGCCAAUUUUUCUCAAGCCAUCUCACGAAGUAAGAAUUUUAAAUGUAAAUAUUGUGUUAUUUGUGUGUGCGUGUAUGUGUGUCAUUUGAUUUACCUCAGGUUUUGAAUCUUUUCAGAAGAAUCCCAGGAGUAAGACUUUGUGGGCCUGAAUGAGUCCAGGGUCUGACUCUGUGGCCCCCUCUCGAGCGCCAGGACCCAGGACCCUCCCCGGGAAGUGUCGCGCACGUAUCACUUCCAACGUUUGCUCCUCCUCUGCAUAUCCAAGUCCUGUAUUCUGUGAGGCACAGAUGGAAAGUGACAGAAGACGCUGUCUUGGCUCGGGGUUUGGAGGUAUCAUGAUAGAUAUGAGUAUUGUUCAUCGAUGGCGAACCUGGACUGACAUUUUAAUAGACAGGCCAUGAUUGCUUUUUGAACGAUGUCGUUCCGUCAGAGUUUAAACCAUUUAGGAUUCCAAUUUCCUCUUGUUGGUACAAGUGAGAAAAUCUCUUGUAUUUCAAAAUAUGUUUUUAUUGAGAAAAGUGACAAGGUAAAUUAACGACUCACAUUCCCAAUCUAAAGUGGAUCAGUUCAUCAUAAAUUCUCAAAUAUUCUUAAAAGUAUAGUGAUCUGCAGACGCUGGUGAAGAAAGAUCUGCUGGUGUUGAAGUGGUAAUUUCCUGUGUCUGGAUGUGUGUGCAUUCAGAAAUAGCCAUCAGCUUUACUGUUCUCUUCUAAUUUCUUUUAUGGAAUUCACGGAGCAAGUGUAUUUGAAAGCUCAAAGUAGAAAUUAGGUUAAAAUGCCAUUUUAUUGUCUAAGCUAUUGGGCAUUAUACAACAAAUAAUCUAGGAUUUAUUUGGUAUUAAUAAUUUAGGUAUCCUAUUAACUGAAUACUAUCCUCUAUUACGUAACAUAAUACACUGUUGGGUUAGUGUCGAUUUCUCAAACUCUGCCAGGCUGCCGUGAUGCAUGUCUGACCUAAUUUCUAUACCUCUUGGAGGAAAGGAAAAAAAACAAAAAAAACCACGGAAAAUGUUGCAUUAAGAAUGCUACAUUUCUAACGGACUUGACCCUUGCAGUUUUCAGCCAGGCCAUAUUUGAGUUGCUUUUGUGAAUGAUAUCUACGUCUAUCUAUGUUCAGUAUGAAGUGACUGGCCCUGUAGUGUAGUAUGAACUAGAGUCCUGCGUGUUAAGUAGGUUUUAUAUAGACACUAAUGUGUGUGGCAGUAGAGCGCCCUGUGUUUCUUAGUGCAAAGCCGUAGAGUAAAAAUGUCCACGUAACUUAAAAACAGUCCCACCUAGAGCUGCAGUGAAGCAGUGCAAAAUUAAUCAGUCCUGUGAUAGAUUAUUGACUUUACAAUUUAAGGUAACAAUAACACCCAAAUCAGAAUUCUGUGUGUGCAUCUUCCUGACCUAAGAAAUCCUGUUUCAAUGGAUUCUGCCUGCGGUUACUUGUGUAUUGCCUGUCAAAGUGUGCAGUUGUGCACACGUGUGUGCGUGUGUUUCUGUGCGUCAUAGCUCAGCCUGCAGAGAGAAUUUUUGUACACUUGAUGUUUUCAUGUUAGUUGGCAUCCCAUCGCUCUGGCCUCUUCUGGCAUUUCCCCAUGACACUAACAACUCAUCUACCCCGUGUGACAAAAGUCCAGGACACAAUCACCCGGAAUUCACAGUUGCACAUCAGUGAAAAAAAAUCACAACUGAAAGCACAGAAAGUCAGAGCUGAGAGCAGCCUCUGGUGGCUUCCUUUUGUGCAUGAGUCCAUGGAGGCCCACAGAGGUGUGUGGCCCUUUGUAAUUCUGCAGCAAAAUGGAGACAAGAACUGCAUUAUUCUCUGCUCUUUCCGAGGCCUGUUGAUGUCUCUGUUGGGCUCUGAUCUUUUGGAGGGUGAAUAAAUACCCUUUACUCACUCAAUAGUGCUUUAGUUUGUUGUUGUUAUUGUUGUUGUUGUUGUUUUAAAUAUAUAUAUAUAUCCGUUUUAGUUAGCAUCUACCUCUCUGGGAAACGAAAGGACGAUUGAGUUAAGGAUGAGUAUAGACAUUUAAUAAAAAAUGAUGUGAUUUGAAUUUUUAAAAUUGCCAACCAUUGGUUCCCCCCACCCUUAUGUAAAGGACAAUGAGCGUUGUGUAAAUAGUAAACUUUAAGAAGCAUGAAUUUUCAUCUUUAUUAAUGAUCUUGACAUAAGCAAGAGAAUACUUCAUAUGUUAAGUACAACCAACCAAGAAUGCUAUCAAAAAGCAUGGUCUUUGGGAAAUUUUUGUACAGUGACCUGGGGCACAAGUUGUGAUCGAAAAGGCCAAUUGGUUCUCAGUUUCAGUCAUACUUUAUGAUUAGAAAGCGUAAAAGGUAUUUUCUUUAAGAAUACAAUUAAGUUCAGUCUUUAGCAUGACCUAAAAGUAGGUUCCUUGAAGGUUAACCCAUGUGCUGGUGCAGCUUAGAGCUAUUCUGUUCAAUAGAUCUCUCUCCAGUGACGGAAGUGUUCUAUGGCCUAUGCGGUCCAAUAUAGUGGCCACUGGCCACAUUGGCUUGUGGAUAGUUGAAGUGGGGUUAGUAUGACUGAGGAAUGUAUUUUGUAUUUUAUUUAAGUUAUCUAAACAUAGUCACUCACCUGUGGCUGGUUACUACCGUAUUGGACCGUGUAAUUCUGUAGGGUUGCAUAGUGGGAUCUAGCAUGAGAGUGUUGACAGAGUACAGAGGAGGGCUAAGAGAAAAGAGAACAGUUUGCAGUUUAGUAACAUGCAGUUGCUAAAAAAAAAAAAAAAUCCUUUCUGGGCUUAAAAGAUAUAUGAUCUCAAGUAUGAUGAUUCAAAUUCAUUGAUGACCCUUUGGGAUUAUUACUUACAUACUUUGGGCCAUAGAAUGGUCAGUGAGGCUUAAAGAUUAAAGAGUGUUUUAUGAAGCCCCUCGUCUGGGAUCAUUAGCUGCAUGUAAAUCUGUUGUCCAAAAAUAGUAGUUAGACAGUAGCUGUAAAAACGUUUGACUUGCAAGCUAUGCAUGACCUAUACUGUGAAACUGUGUUUAGGAUCUUAGGGCCAAAAAGUAAAUGUUACAGAAAAACAGAAAAAAAAAAAAAAAAGUCUAAUGAAAUUCCUCUUCACUUCAAGCAUCUUACCCAGACUUCAUCAUUGCAUGAGUAAGGUGUGAAAUGUAAGAGCAAUCAUGUUUCGCAGUGUUCGGAGAGGGGUUUUGUUUGCCCUUGAAGUCUGCUGGCUUGUCGUUGUGUUUGGUAUGAGGAUCCAUUUUCAGAUGCUGGACUACAACGUAGGUACUGCUCUUAGAGUGAGAUUUGACACGUGCAGUCUUGUUUGGUUUUUCCUUUUAUCUCUUAUCACUGAACAAAUUGCAAAUUUGCAGCCUUGCACAAAGGCUUUUUUUUUUUUUUUACAUUAAAAAACAUUGUCCAGGGAAUUUAAAAGGUUAUUAAAGUUAUGAAAAUUGCUUUUUAAGUGAAUAAAGGAAAGCAGAAAAUUGAGUUUGAGAUACAUUUUCAUAGAAAGAUGAGACUCUUUCUGAUAGUAUGAUAUUUAUUCUAGUCUGGAUUUUUAUUUGAAGAGUUCACAUUGCUUUAUUUGAAAUCCCGUGUGGUGUCAGAAUUGGCUAGUCUACUUUUCAUUGUUUCUGAGUGUAAUGUGAACAUUGCAUUUGUCUCAGUUUAGCAAAAUUUUUAAAAAUUUUAGCAAAAUAGAAUUUUUUUUUUGAGAACUCGUCAGUGGGCAUGACCUUUUUAGCUUAUCUCUUAAAAUUAUUAUUUUUUUUUUUUGCCAAAAUGAUAGUUUGUCUUCAGACUUAAGAGGAAUUUAGAAGUCCAGAGGUUAUUGGUAUGAGAGGAGUGAUAUCAAAAAGGUUUGAAUUUCUAUCUUCUCCUAAAAGAAUGAUACUGUCAGUCAGUCUGCAUUUUGUUCCCACACAAAACGUGUCACCAGUCAGUUGAUCGGUCAUCCUUGACAAUUUCCGUCAUUCCCAGGAAAACAUCACAUACAAGGUAACCCUUAACCAAAACAGAAGCUCCAGAAGAGAGGAGUCAUCAAGAAAAUCCAGUAGCUGUGUUGAAAGUAUUAGUCUAUCUCAAAAGCAGUGAAUUUUAGUUAAAUUUUAGUUAAAUUCAGUUAAAUUUUUAUUAAGCAUGAAAUAUUUCUAAAAAAAUAAGUGGAAAUUGAAGCCAUUGAAUUUUUUCCUGACAUGAUUCACUAUAUAUAUAUAUAGUGUAUAUUUAUAUAUAUAUAUAGUGUAUAUUUGCACAUACAGGUAUAGACGUAUAUGUAGAUAUACACACACACACACACGACUUAGCUGUAACAGGAGUUUAAAAAAUCAAGUAAAAAAAUGUUGUUAGUCAUGUUUUCCAAUUUGUGGGUUAUAUAAUGUUGAACUUAGAUUUAAUUUCUUAACAAAUGCUGUAGGCUGCAUACAUUAUAUCAAACCAACCACCUUUGGGAAUGUCUAGAUGAAUAAACCCUUGAGACUUCAAACCUAUGAAGAGGUGGGUUCUCCUCUAUACAUUUUAUUGGAAAGCCAUUGAUGAUUGAAGAACACAAGCAGGAGGGGCAUUUAAUUUUUGUCUUUCAAAUGGCUUGUUUUUUGGCUCAGGGGUGGAGUACCAUUAUUCCUGAACUCAUGCAGCGUGGCUCCAAUUUUUCUGCACAAGUUUCCUUGCACAGUUGGGCCAAUGGAUUUUUUUUUUUCAGGACUCACUGCCCGGGGUAUCCCACUAUGUAUAUCUCCCUUAUGAUGUAGUGGUGCUUGAAAACACUCAUCUUGUUAGCUGGACUUUAUUAUUCUAGUCUAAGGUUUUUGAUACUAUUCAUAUUAUGAUCUUUUAUAGGGACAAUCAGUAAUAUUUGGGGCAAAGUACAGAGGAGUCUCUUAAAGUCUGCAUCAGCAUGCAUUGUCUUUUGUUUUUUCUGGGGGUGCUCUCUUAGAGUUGUCCCUGUUCUUCUAGAACACUGCUCUAAAUUCAUCACCACAGGGUGCAGGGCUAGUAGCCUGGGUGAGGGUUUCCUGUAUUCUCCCUGUGAGUUACUGGGUUAUUCUAAUUAGUUUUCCAAAGGGAUGUUCCAUUUUGAAUUUGACAUUUGCUUUCUGAGAAUCUGGAAGUAGAUGAUUGACUGUGAGGACGGUAAAGGACCAUGGGGUGUAAGAAGGAGGAAAAAGAGGAGGAAGAUGUCCCCUUGACCUCAAUCUGUGUCUUCUCUGUUUAGAUGGGAGGACAGAGGAGGUGCUGUGGUACACUGUGCUUUAGGAAGCUCCUGGCUCCUGAUUUUUCUGGCUGAGAGACAGAUCCUGUGUGGGAGCAGUGGAGACGUGGCCUUGGGUCUCUAGCAAUAGGUAGAUGUGCUCAAGACAGAAAAUACUUGCAUAAAAGGAGAGAAAUCUGUAGUGGGAUCAUGGGUGGAGAACAAAAGACGUGGGAGCUGAAGGUCAGUCAUGGUAGAAACCAGCUGAAGAAAGAAACCCAAGGACGACUCGGAAUAACUUAGACAAGCACAAUUUGUUAUUCUAGGCUGGCCUACCAAAUUCAGUUCCAGAGUCUAAGUUGAGGACAGAGUGGGCUGGGCCAGUGAGAGGAUCCAAGCUGCUCCACCCCCACCCCUGGGUUGUCCACACGCUAGACAAUCUCUGAGCCUGUUCUAGAAUUGGUUGCUAGGUCAUUACCCACGAAUUCUAAUAAUACCCUCUUAGCAGUGGAAUGCAUUGUCCGGGUCUGUGGUUGACUUGGGUAGGUUGAUCUACUGGGAAGACUCAUCCAAGAGUAUUUUGGUUUUCAAUCCUGGUGGUUGUCAUUAUACUUUCUUUAUUCCACCACCUGGUCCUGUUUGUCUCAAUGAACGAUUGCAAGUGGGGAGUCUGCUUGCAGCUUGGGACGGGUCCCAACUCCCCCAUCAUAAGCCACGCAGCCGCUCUGCACUGUUCCCGCCGGUCUUCCAGCCCCACUGGUGGGCUCCCUGGCCCUCUCGAGAGCUAAUACUCCAGUAUUAGGUGGCUAGAUUAAUGCUGCUGAGAGGCUAACUCAAGUCCUUGACAUGUUUCAUUCACAAUUAUGCAGAUUAUUUAUUUUAGAAGCUUUUGUUUUAAAGGGCCAAAUUGCCCUACAGAUAAAUGAGCUGCUGGGCUGUGUAGAAAAUAUUGUUCAAAUGUUGCCAAAUAAUUGACUUUGGAAGUGGGAUAUCAAGCUGCUGUUUAUAAAUCUGAAUGUCUUAAAAGCAUUCUUGCUUGCUUUCUCUGGUGUAGAUGGUGUCUUAGCAAGUCUUGAGAUUUUCCAAUGAACCCAAUUUUAAUAUAUGGUAUUUUUGUAUGCCAAACUGGUGUCUUGUCCUUUGUAUAUGUGGUAAUGUUGAUUUUAUGACUACUGUUAAAACACAUUUGCUAUGAUUAAAAUUCAUAAAACGAUUUCAAA